GGUCCUCCGCCGUCGCGCGUGCGCAGAGCGGUUGAGUGCGUCGGCUCGUUUCCGCGGCGGCCUGAGCUUUACGUUAUUCUUGCAAAUAAAGUGCAGCUCGUGGAUUCUCUGAACUAGUGGCAUUGCCAAAGCAAGUCUUCUUGGACUUCUUGGAACCGCCUCCCUUCCAGCUUUUAUUGCUACCGAGUCAGAAUUGGGUCUUCAUUUGCUUUGCAGAAUUCUGUAGUUGUCUUAUGGCUUGCAUAAUGAGAUGGCUUGCAUAAUGAGAUGUGCCUGAACACUUCUGCGUUCCACGCUAGAGGGAAGAUGACUUCAGGACCGAGCGAUCGGAUCUCAUGCGAGCUGCUUCCAGUUCUAGCGUCAGUACCAACUGGUCUUCAAGGAUAACCCUCUCCUGAUGGAUUAUUCUAGGGAUUAAUGGGAAGCGAAAUCAGAGCAGGAUUUUCAAGUAUCGAUGCUUAGGUCACUCAGCACAGAAGGGAAUCAAGAUAAAUAUGGAUCAAGCGCAGAAGGGAGAGGGCUGUUCUCCCAGGUGGGAUAAUCCACUUUCAAUUGAAAGCAACAGUCAGAACCAGUCAUCUUCAGGAAGGGCUGGGGAUCAUGGUACAAGCACUCAGAACUGUGGCCUGAAGCCCUCAUAUCUGGAGCUCUUAAGGGGCUUUGGCUUAUCCUUGAAAGACUUGGAGGAACUUAGUCAGUACCCAGACAGUCAGCUGACGCCUGAAAACAUGCCUGUCCUCUUGCAGUCUAUCAGAAAGAGCAAACCGGCGCCUAAGAAGCCUCCUUUACCUUCAAAGAGCACAGAAAAAGAAACUCUUCCAAGCUCGGAUGGGCGUGGUCCCACAGUACAGAAAAAAGUGAUCGAUUAUGGGCAUAAAAGCAAGUAUGGGUACAACGAAGACCCCGUGGAAGCGAAAGCCUCGUCCACAGCAGGGCAUGAGAGCUUGAAAGGAUUUCAAACCCAGCAGCCUGCGUCUGUGCCUCUUGCGGCCUCCAGUUUAAUUCGCAAUCCAAAGAAUCCCACUAAAGAACUAUUACAACAGGCCGGGUCUCAGAACCCCACUAAAGAACUAAUACAACUAGCUAGGUCUCAGGACCCCACCAGAGAACUAAUACAGCAGGCAGGGUCUCAGGACUCCCCUAAAAAACUAAUACGGCAAACGGUAUCUCAGAACCCCACCAGAGAACUAACACGGCAGGCAGGGUCUCAGGCAAGUGCACCAAACCUUCAGGCUUUCCCCCAUGUGGGUCCUGCCCAAAAAGUGCCUUUAGCAGGACUUGCUAAACCUGCAGCAGUCCCACCCAUGAUGCCCCCAGCAGUGCCACCCUUGCCUCAGCCCGCGAUGCCUCCGGUCACCCCGUCCAACUUCAUGCCGGCUGUGCACCAGCGCCCGCCCCCUUUUGCUCCUGAAACGGUUGCGUUCCCAAGUAGCCACGGCAGAUACGAGCACGCCCACAGGGCUGACCCACCUCUUCGUCAGACCAUGGAUGGCCAGAGGAGUUUUUGGAAGGAAGCAGAUGGUCCUGUUCAGUCUCCGUUUGGGAUGGUGAACGCAUCGUGGCUUCCAGAUUUUGCACAAACCGAUAGGCAGCAGGAGAAGAAACUGCCUACCACAUCGCAGAUGAAUGAUUACUAUGCUGUGAUUCCAAAAAUAUUUCCACACAUUUGUUCUCUGUGUAGUGAAGAUUGUAUAGAUAAGAAGGACUGGAUUCAGCACCAGGAAACCCUUCUCCACAGUAGGAACUGCCACUGGCUUCUUCAACAGUGUCCAGACUGGUCUCCUGAAACCCUCUAUUCACCCAAAAGACACGAAGGUGACAGAGAGGAGGGACACAAAUCAAGGCAGCGUUCUGCCAGUCCUUACUCGAAACGUUCAAGAUGCUCAGGUUCUGGCCAUUCCAGGCAUCGGUCACGAUCCAGGAGCCCCGGGUAUCGCAGGACCCGUCGACCCAGAAGUCGAAGCCCAAGGCACCUUCCUAGUCCCAGACAUUGGUCAGGGUCUUGGUCAAGGUCUCACUCAAGGUCUCCACGGAAAUCUUUGCAUUCCAGUAGAUGGUCUCCCAGCAAGGAGAGAAGGAGGCAUGAAUCAAGGCAGCGUUCUGCCAGUCCUAGCCCAAAACGUUCAAGACGCUCAAGCUCUGGCCAUGGCAGGCAUUGGACUCGGUCACGAUCCAGGAGCCCUGGGUAUCGCAGGACAAGCCGACCAAGAAGUCGAAGCCCAAGGGGCCGUUUUAGUCCCAGAUACUGGUCAGGGUCUUGGUCAAGGUCUCCCUCAAGGUCUCCACAGAAGUCUUUGCAUUCCAGUAGACGGUCUCGAAGUUCUUCCAGCAAGGAGAGAAGAUUGGGGAGCUCAACGAGAUCUACAGAGGAACGACAUGCCAAGUCACCUUGUUCCAGAAAAGGGUAUGAUGAACAAAAGCAGACUCCCAGUAGUGCAGACUGCCAGGAAAAGGGACGUGACGAUUUGGAGCAGAGAAGGAAAGAUACACCACACCAGAAGCUGCCUGCUGAUGGGACACAAAGCCAAAAGCAGACGUGUGAUAAGCUGGUGCCGGAAGGACGGUCACAUGAAGAGCCUGGGCGCUCGGCAUUGGCUUCCCUCACAGAAAAAAGCGUCCUUCAGGCCAUGGCGCAGCUUCAGGCUGAAGGAGCAGGAGAUGGAAAGAGCUCUGCACAGAUUGCUGCCGGCAUGACAAGCGCGUCUGCUGUGUCUUCUGACCUUCUCUCCAUGAUCCAGCGGGUGGCAACGCAGGUCAUUACAGCUGUCUUAGAUUCCAGAGAAGCAUCAACAACACAAGACAGCUCAAGCACAAGAGAUCCAAACCUCCAGCAGGCUCAUUCUAUCCGUGCCCUAAGGAAAGCAAGUCUUCGUGCAGCAAGGGAAAGAACGAAGGAGCGGCGAGUCCAGGCGUCCACCAGGGCACUGCUGCAAGUGGUCAGGAGGAGGACCUUCAUGUAG